CGACGCCCGACCACUCUUUUGACUAUUUUUUUGAUGAUGAGGAAUUUAUAACGACAAGACACAACCACCCCGCUCUGCGCUUGUAAAAUCAUGGAGGAAGAGGAGGGAAGACCCAGGAAGCUGGCUAAGCUGGAUCACAGCGGAGGCCAGUUAGACGGAGAGCCUGUCAUGUCGGGGGCUCUGGCUACGAACGACCAAGGUGCGGAGGACGACACAGCCCGACCAUCAGCUGCCCCGGACGCUACGGAAGAUGCCAAUGGCAAGUCGGAUGAGGGGCCCGGUGCAGAAGAAGGCGACGAGACGGAACCGAAGCUAUCAAAGAGCCAAUUGAAGAAGUUACGACGACGGGAAAACUGGGAAGCCGGUCGCGAAGAUCGCAAAGUCAAGCGCAGGGAAAAGCUUCACGCAAAGAGGCAACGGCAACGGGCGGAAAGAGAUGCUGCUGGAGCCACCGAGAUAACGUUGCGAAAGGACAAGGAGAAAGCAAUGCAGCGCCAGCGUUCGGUGCUCCUGCCGAUCACCAUGGUUAUCGACUGCGGCUUUGAUGACCUGAUGCUGGAAAAGGAACGCAUCUCUCUAGGAUCCCAGCUGACGCGGUCGUAUUCCGAUAAUAUUAAAGCGCCGUAUAGAUCCCACCUGGUGAUCUCUAACUUCGACAAAAAGCUCAAGGAGAGAUUCGAUAACCUGCUACGGAAAGUGCAUGAAAAAUGGAGGGGUGUUCACUUCAUGCAAGAGGACUUUGUCCAUGCGAGUGAGCUUGCCAAGGAGUGGAUGGCAGGUCCCGAAGGUGGUCAGAUGGUCGGAGCUCUCGCUGACAAGACGGAUGCCAGACCCGAGGAUGGAGAGGUCGUCUAUCUCAGCAGUGAAAGUGAGCAUACAUUGAUGGAGCUGAAGCCCUACAGUACAUACAUUAUUGGCGGAUUGGUGGAUAAGAACCGGCAUAAAGGCAUCUGCUACAAACGUGCGGUCGAGCUCGGCAUCAAGACUGCCAAGCUCCCAAUUGGAGAGUAUAUCCAGAUGUCGCAUCGAGCAGUUCUCGCUACCAACCAUGUCGUCGAGAUUAUGCUACGGUGGAUGGAACUUGGAGACUGGGGAGAAGCUUUCAUGAAGGUCAUUCCCCAGAGGAAAGGUGGCGUUCUGAAAGGGCAGGGCGCCGAUGGAGACGACGGGGAAGAAUACGAUGACCAGGAAGAACAGGAGGAGGAAGAUGCUGAAGUUUCCCAGGACAUCACAAAUGAUGAUCCCAGUGCCGAUACCAACGAGUCUCAAGAGGCUUAGAGUACAAAUACCACAUAAAGACUCACCACUAUGUACAUUGUCAAUACUGCCAAUACAGUUCUUUUUAUCCUAUAUAGGAAUGAACAAACAAAACAA